UGAUGUCACGCGCAACUGGAGAGGGUGCGCUGCGGAAAGGAGGUCGUGCAAGCGGAGCGGAGCGCCAAUCCUCUCAUUGCCGGUGCGCACAGUGGAAAAGCAGCGAAGAAGCUGCCUUUGGGGCAUAGCUGGUAGUGGUGCACUUCAUGACAUCCUCAUAGUCUUUGCUUUCACGACGGCAAGGGUGGGUGGUGGGUGGAAAAGCAGGACCAAAUGCGCAGUGCAGUUUGGCGGACCAGGGCAAAUGCUCAACUGGGGCAAUAUGUUUUGUAGAAUCCUGCAUUUGGAGUUGAACCACUUAGCUUGUUGAGGGUGGAUUGUGACCAAGACUUUUGUAAGUUUUUGUGGAGCACAACAGCUUUACUGCUUGCAUUGCCCCUUGGUGGUUGUUCCUUGUGUAUUUUUGAGUCGCAGUAGCCAUGUUGUCGCAGUUAGCAACGCGCUUCACUGUUUCCAUGGCCUUCCUAGCGGCUGCACUGGUCUUCUCUCCAUACCCUCUGCUUGAUCAGAGCGAAGGGCCCUCACCACCGCACAGCAUCAUCAACAAUGUAGAGCACCUUGCACAGCCCUCCAAACAGUUCGCCGCUGAUGUCAGCAAAGAAAGCGGCAAGAUGGAAGGGUCUGAACUUGAGACAAGGGCUCAGCAAGUUGGGGACUUUAGAGAUUCUUUGAUAGAUGCGGUGGACAAUCAGGUGUCAGCAGGCGGAAACAGGAUACAAGAAGUGAAGGCUGGCUUGGAAAAUGCUGCGGAGAAAAUGACAGAGGGGAGCCACAAUAUAGCUGAUGCUGCCAAGCAACAUGUGAAAGGAGGAGCCAAAAAGGUGGUGGAGACUGGAGAGGCUUCUCUUGACGCCUCCAAAGAGUCUGCGUCAGCUUCUGUCAAGGACCUGGAGCAGGCUGCAUCAUCAGGACUGCAAUCGACCAAGAGUGCUGCUGGCCAAGCUUUGGAGAAGACUUUUGACGCAGGGGCACAAGCGCUUGACGCAGGAGAACCCGCCCUAGAUGCAGCCUCGAAAGCACCGCAACAGCUUAAGAAGGGGACCGAGAAAGUUGGGCAGUCUCUGUUGGAAUCUGUGGGGAGAGCGGUAGAGACGGUCAAAGAGCAGGUCAAACCUGGGGUCGAGAAAGCCAGGGUCGCCGCACAGGGACUGAGAGAGAAGCUCGAGGCUGUAACUGCUCACAUCAGAGAGAGUACCACGUGGCCAGAACCUGAGGCGAUCAGCAUCUUGGCUGAAGGCGUCUGGGCCCCCAAGCAGCACAACCCCCUCCCAGACUUGAGCGGCCUUUUAGACGCCAGUCAAGCACACGUUGAUUCCGAACACACAGAGAACUCGGUCGAAGAGAAGCUCGGCAUUCGUAUGGACCACGGUUCUUCUCCGAAAGGCGCAUUGCUAUUUGUCAGUAAGCUCUGGACGGGUGUGAAGAGACUCUUCGACCAGGCAGUCCGGAAAUUUCAAGUGUCCCUGGGCCUCAUUCACACAGACAGCUCACAGCCGUCGAAGGUUAGCAGGGGCCUGGGAACGGUGCUGAGAGUCGUCCAUCUCGCUGCGGUUGUGGUGCACCUGGGAGUGGCCCUUUGGUUGCUCCGGACGGGCUGCUCCUGGCUACUCGGACAGAAGCAGAGUGCUCUCAGCGGAGAUCGGCGGCGCACGUCUGCAUGGGUCGAGGCCGUUUGCUCGACGAUUGCGUUGACGACGUUCCUGUCCUUGUAUCCGUGGACGAAGAGUGGAGCUAGGGAACAGAGCGAGGUACAAGUCCUGAUAGGAACGGCCGUCGACAGCCUGGUUCGACUGAUUUGGGAUCGCCGUUCCUUACGGAAAGAGUUGGGUGCGUCAUCAAAUUCACCAGCAUCACAAUCGGAAGCGCCCGACGGGAGCAGCAGCCCUUCGUCGAAGAAGCGGAACAAGAAACAGAAGAAGUCUGGCAAUCAUAUGGUUGAGAAGGAUCAACCGGGUUUCAAGAAUUCUUUGUUAGGUAGGUACAAAUUGUCGGGUUUCUUCUCUUUGCUCACGAAGCUUUCCGUCAUUAUCGCGCUGUGCUUCCAUCUAUCGUUCCUUAGCAGCGAGUCACAGGUGACUAGCUAGUUGCAAACUUGACAAUGAAGAAGUUAAAAUUUUGGCGCAGUAAGAAGAAAUAUAGUGUGAUGAUAUCCACUGAGAUAGUUGUCCUAGUCGGCGAGCUAGACUCUAUCCAAGGCGGUGUUGUGAACAAUUGAUUGCUGAGACCCCCGCGGCAUUUCCCAUGCCAGCUCCUCGGUUGUGAUCAACUGGCUGUCUCAGCCCUGAAUCUGGAAUAGCGGCGUUGCCUUUCUCGACUCGGAUUGCUGUUCUUGGAAACUUGAACGGCCCGGCCUCAG